AUGACUACCUAUGCCAUAGUCUAUUACGUGUCAAACCGCAAAUGUUGUUCUACAUUGAACCUAGUCACGAUAGAUGCGGCGGAGACUAGAGCUAGUUGGCUAACACUCGUUUCUUCUACACCUGACCCAAUUGGCAUCAAGUCUGUUCAACUGUGCCCUUUCGUCACCUCACCUUCCUUCGUCACUGCACCUACACUUUUAUACGCGACUGCGCAAAGCGGGUCCUUUACUACCACGACAAACACUGUAACUGCGGCUUCUUCCGUCAUGCUUCUUCCUUCUCAUUCUCUGCCUCAGGCUCCACCAGUCCUUGUUCCUCUCGGUCUGACUGCUCAGUCGUCAUCAAGUCCGGGCAUAAGUAGCAUUCCUUAUCAUUCACCGGGACAAUCGCAGCCGCAGCUGCAUCAACAGCCUGUGAAAGGUAUGCUGAUAUAG